AUGGGCCCAAAUGCGGUUUUCAACAAGGAGGAAGACAUAGCAACCUACACAAUUAGAGCUGUGGAUGAUCCAAGGACCUUGAACAAGAUCCUCUAUAUAAAACCUCCAAUCAACACUCUCUCCUUCAAUGAACUUGUAACCCUAUGGGAGAAGAAGAUUGGGAAAACCCUUGAGAAGGUCUAUGUCCCAGAGGAGCAAGUCUUGAAAAACAUCCAAGAGUCACCGACGCCGGUGAUAGCCACGAUUAGUCAUUCGAUUUUUGUGAUGGAUGAUCAAACCAACUUUGAGAUCCAGCCUUCUUUUGGAGUAGAAACUUCUGAGCUUUAUCCUGAGGUGAAAUACCCCAGUAUUGAUGAGUAUCUGAACCAGUUUGUUUAA